AAAGUUUUUCUUUUUUUUUUUUUUAAAAAAAAAACUAUAUGAAUUUAUGAAACAACACAAUUUAUACACAAACGCACAUUCAUAUAUACUAGGAAAUCCCUUUUAGUCUCUAUUAUUGCUUAGAACCCUUUGUUAAUCUUUCUCUCUCUCUCUCUCUUUGCUGGGAUAGAGAUUAAAGGAGACCUUUUUCUUUUGUUGAGGGGACAAAUGGGAAGUUUGAAGUUGAAGAGUUCAAAGGCAGCGUGUCCCACAUAUAGACAUUGUUCUGAGUGGGCAAUUGAGUACAUGGACUACUGUCUUUGCAAUGUGAAAGAUGUCGUUUCGUUAAGUUUGGGUGUAGUUAGUGUUAUUAGUUGGGGCGUAGCUGAAGUACCUCAAAUCAUCACGAAUUACCAACAGAAAUCUUCUGAGGGUCUCUCUAUUGCUUUUUUGAUCACUUGGAUUGUUGGAGACCUUUUUAAUCUUUUUGGCUGUAUGUUGGAACCAGCUACGCUUCCAACACAAUACUAUAUGGCAAUGUUGUAUACCGUUACUACCUCGAUUCUUUUUGGACAGACCAUAUACUAUAAUUACAUAUAUCACCAGCUGAAACCCAGAACAACACACCGAAAGGAUCCUAUGCCUAACAAGAGGGAGGUAGAUGUAAAAUCUAAGGGAAGCAGUAAUGAUGGUGAUGAGAAGCAAGUUCAUAAUUCUGAAACAACUGUCAGAGUUGAUAUUUCAAGUCCACCUAUUCAGCUUCCAGCCUUCCAUCCAAUUCUUUCCCCAGGAAGCGAAUUGUACUAUAUGUCAGCAAGAUCUCUAUCAAUGAGUUCUACUCCAACUCGAGGAUCUGUUUUAGUGCAAAGAAUGGCUUCUACAUCACCUCAUACCCGGAAUUCACUUGAAGAGCCCUUGCUUGAUCCAUUGGUAUCAUCAACACAGUCUGAAUUUCAACCACAAGUCAAGCCCUUGCUAUCUGUGGUUUCAGCAAUGAGCUUCCUUGGCACUACAAAUCUGUAUUUGACUGCAUUUAACGAAAUUCCAAGUCCUGGAUUUGUGAUUGGAGAACAUAGAAAUCAAUUACAGGUGAAAGGUAGAAUGCUAGGGGAGAAUGGUCUUGGAGAAGCCACUGGAAUGGGGAGUUUUCUUGGUUGGGGUAUGGCAGCUAUUUACAUAUGUGGUCGACUUCCACAAAUUCUUUUAAAUUUGCAAAAGGGUAAUGCUGAGGGGCUUAAUCCCUUGAUGUUUGUCUUUGCCUUGGUUGGAAAUGCCACUUAUGUUGCAAGCAUACUUGUGAACAACAUGGGAUGGUCUAGAAUUAAACCCAAUUUACCAUGGUUGGUGGAUGCGGCAGUAUGUGUGCUACUCGAUACUUUUAUUCUCUGUCAGUUCAUCUACUUCAACUAUCGGAAACGAAAGGCUAAGAAUAUGAAUAAACUCUCUUAUGCAAUAGUAUAGAUGGUGGACAAUAAGAUGGUUCCAAGGUCUAUCUCUCUCCUUAUAAUGCAGAGGUGAUUUGCGGCGGCUACAGUAACUAAUCUUCAACAUUUUGAAGGCUCUAAUGAGAACCAUAUUUUGCUUUUUAUGAUUGCGGCUUGUUAUUAUCUUAUCAAUUUGAAACGUUGAGGUUUCUAUUUAGUUAUAUGCUUUUUUGUUUAGCAGUUUCUUUACGUACUUGUAUACAAUUUCUUAUCAACAUUAAUAGAAAAGAAAGGCCAAAUAUUUGAUCCGAAUAA